AGUAAAAUUCUUAGCCAAUCGCAUGUUUGACUCAUCCUACGACGCAUGUGAUAUUAGCCUACACAAUUCGCCAACAGAAUUCUAUCUAUAAAUUGUUACUUCAAAGGUUGAUGUUUUUCAAAUACUUCGGAUAUCAAAUGAAUUAGAAAUUAUGUCAAGAAAAAAACAUAAUAUAUCAUAUAUUAAGCCGAACGAGCCGAAAUUUCUACGAGAGUUGAAAGAGCAAAUUGGAUAUAAAGAAGGUCCUACUGUCGACACAAAAAGAGAAGUAUUACCGGAAAUCUCUGAUGAUGAAAAAGAUUUAAUUGAUGAGAAGCCUGUUGUUGUUGUAUUAAAUUCUGGUGAUUUAACAGCGGAAGAAGCAGACGCCUUUAAAAAACAUAAAGAGAGAGAAGAAAAUAAUGCCCCAGCUGAUCUAUCUAAGAAAAUUAUAUUUCGCAAAACUAAAACAGAGUCGGAAAAAUCUGAUACAUCUGUCACAGAUAAACCUGUGAGGAAAAAAGCAAAAAGGGAAAAGCAAAAGAUUAUCUUAUCCUUUGAUGUUAAUGGCAGUGAUGACGACAAUGUUGGAUAGCAUAAAAUAUGAAUUUUCUUACAUAAAUGUCUUAUAUAGAUGUAAUUUCUUGAAAUUUACAAAGAUAGCAAAUGUACACUCUCAAGAGCAAAGUCAAUAAGAACUGGAAAUGAGUUUAUCAUUUGUUACAUGUCCAAUGCCCAAUAGUUUAAAAGCAAUGACAUGUAUAUAUUUAUGAAGUACUAAAAGUUACAUAUAAGAUAAUUAAAGAAACUGUAGGUCAACUAUUUAAGAAUUGACAUUGAGAAGAGCCAAUGUAUUUUUAAUUUCAAUUUUUCAUACAUUUAUAUAUUUAGAUAAAAUACGUAAUCAUUUGUAUAUAUUCUGAAAAAAAUUGAUCAAAAUUAAACUGUUAAUAAAAUCAACAAAUCGUGAAUUGUGAUAUAUUUUGUAUAACGUGUUCGUAGUUUAUAUAUAUGUGUAUUGCAAAUAUAAAAAUAUCGAUCGAUAUAAAUUGCUCUUAAAGAAAAAGCUCAUUUCUAUUUCUCUCCAAGUCUCGAUUGAUUUAGAUAAGAUACAUGCUCGUGUAAAUUCCAAUACGGUAGUAUUGGAAUCCGCCCCGUAAAGGGCGGAUGCUCGAUACCGUCCGAUCGAGUCCAUCCCCCAUUCACGCCAUUUCGAUCG